AUGUCCAACCAAGGGGCCCGGCGGAACGGGCCCGUCAAGCUGCGACUGACAGUACUGUGUGCAAAAAACUUGGUGAAAAAGGAUUUUUUCCGACUUCCUGAUCCAUUUGCUAAGGUUGUGGUGGACGGAUCUGGCCAAUGCCAUUCUACAGAUACUGUGAAGAAUACACUUGAUCCAAAAUGGAAUCAGCAUUAUGACCUAUAUAUUGGGAAGUCAGAUUCAAUAACAAUCAGUGUGUGGAAUCACAAGAAAAUUCAUAAAAAGCAGGGAGCUGGUUUUCUGGGUUGUGUGAGACUUCUUUCAAACGCAAUCAACCGCCUUAAAGACACUGGUUAUCAGAGAUUGGAUCUGUGCAAGCUUGGGCCAAAUGACAAUGAUACUGUUAGAGGACAGAUAGUAGUAAGUCUUCAGUCCAGAGACCGAAUAGGCACAGGAGGACAAGUUGUGGAUUGCAGUCGGUUAUUUGAUAAUGAUUUACCAGAUGGGUGGGAGGAGCGGAGAACUGCUUCUGGAAGGAUCCAGUAUUUAAAUCAUAUUACACGAACAACUCAGUGGGAGCGACCAACACGGCCAGCAUCUGAAUACUCUAGUCCAGGCAGACCACUGAGCUGUUUCGUGGAUGAGAACACUCCAAUUACAGGAACGAACGGUGCGACCUGCGGGCAGUCGUCGGAUCCCCGGCUGGCAGAGAGGAGAGUCAGGUCACAGAGGCACAGAAACUACAUGAGCAGGACACACUUGCACACUCCUCCCGAUUUACCUGAAGGAUACGAGCAAAGGACGACUCAGCAAGGUCAGGUCUAUUUUCUGCAUACUCAGACUGGUGUCAGCACGUGGCACGAUCCAAGAGUACCCAGGGAUCUUAGCAACAUCAAUUGUGAAGAGCUUGGUCCACUGCCUCCUGGAUGGGAGAUCCGAAAUACAGCAACAGGCAGAGUUUAUUUUGUUGACCAUAACAACAGGACAACACAGUUUACAGAUCCACGGCUAUCUGCUAACUUGCAUUUAGUCUUAAACCGCCAGAAUCAACUUAAAGAUCAGCAACACCAGCAGCAGCAGCAGGUAGUGUCCCUGUGUCAGCUUCCAGAUGAGGCAGAGUGUCUGACUGUGCCAAGGUACAAGCGAGACCUAGUGCAGAAACUCAAGAUCCUGAGGCAAGAGCUGUCACAGCAGCAACCUCAAGCUGGCCAUUGUCGUAUUGAGGUCUCCAGGGAAGAGAUUUUUGAGGAAUCCUACAGGCAAGUCAUGAAGAUGAGGCCAAAAGACCUGUGGAAACGAUUGAUGAUAAAAUUUCGUGGGGAGGAAGGCCUUGAUUAUGGAGGUGUUGCCAGGGAGUGGCUCUACCUGUUGUCACAUGAAAUGUUGAAUCCAUAUUAUGGUCUCUUCCAAUAUUCCCGCGAUGAUAUCUAUACACUGCAAAUCAACCCAGACUCUGCAGUCAACCCGGAACACUUAUCAUAUUUCCAUUUUGUCGGACGGAUAAUGGGAAUGGCUGUGUUUCAUGGACACUAUAUUGAUGGGGGCUUCACGUUGCCUUUCUAUAAGCAGUUGCUAGGGAAGCCAAUUACUUUGGAUGAUAUGGAAUUGGUUGACCCUGAUCUUCAUAACAGCUUAGUCUGGAUACUUGAGAAUGAUAUCACAGGAGUCUUGGACCAUACGUUUUGUGUAGAACACAAUGCAUAUGGGGAAAUUAUUCAACAUGAACUGAAACCCAAUGGCAAAAGCAUCCCCGUGACAGAGGAAAACAAAAAGGAAUAUGUCAGACUUUAUGUAAACUGGCGAUUUUUACGAGGAAUUGAAGCUCAGUUUCUGGCUCUACAGAAGGGGUUUAAUGAAGUAAUCCCACAACAUCUGCUGAAGACAUUUGAUGAGAAAGAGUUAGAGCUCAUCAUUUGUGGACUGGGAAAAAUUGAUGUUAAUGACUGGAAGGCAAAUACUAGGUUAAAACACUGUACCCCAGACAGCAACAUUGUGAAAUGGUUCUGGAAAGCUGUGGAGUUUUUUGAUGAAGAGAGGAGAGCGCGACUUCUCCAGUUCGUGACUGGCUCAUCCAGAGUGCCUCUGCAGGGCUUCAAGGCAUUACAAGGUGCUGCAGGCCCACGACUAUUUACAAUACACCAGAUUGAUGCCAGCACUAAUAAUUUGCCGAAAGCUCAUACCUGCUUUAACAGAAUAGACAUUCCUCCUUACGAAAGCUAUGACAAGCUAUACGAGAAGCUGCUAACUGCCAUUGAAGAAACGUGUGGGUUUGCUGUGGAAUGACCCUUCACAGGCUUACCUGAGACUCUAUUUAUACUCCUGUCAGCCAGAAAGCCCUUCCCUCAGCCAAGACUCAAGAAAUGCUUGAAAUACAGGAAACUUUCCCUUUUCUACACUAGGACACUGGGAGGGAAAGGACAACUUUGGAAUUUUUUUUAUAUUUUUUUUUAUUUCAAGAAAAUAGGUUCUGUGGUUCCUGCCAUAGGAUCAUUCAGCUGCUAUUAAAAAACUAAUAUCUUGAACAUACAGAAUGCUGACUUUUCCUACAUUUCAACAGUUAAGCAGUAUUCUAUACGUAAAGACUACUACUAUUUUUGUAAAAGGUAAUCUAUUGUAUUUGCCUACCUGAUUUCUAUUCUCAGAUACCAAGACACAACUUCAGCAGUCGGUACAAGUCACGUUUCAGCCUGUUUUAAAUGUAUGAUACUGAACAGCAUCUAUACCUGCUAUUUUUGGAAAAAGUAUUUUGGAUUAUUCUAACUUUGCAUAAAAUUGGCUGAAAGAAUCAUUAAUCUUUUUAAUUAAAGCCACUUACAUGUUAACUGCAUUUUCUUAUAGUAAAACAUUAUAUUCUGCAAUGUAAAUUCAACUUAAAUGUUACCACAGGGGGCUUUUUUAUAUUUUUCAAGCAUGAAUUACAAAUACGAUGUUUCGGGGUCCUAUUUAUAUCACUUGUCAGAUUCCUUAAACAAAAUUUCUAGUGUGAGUGGCACAUACUGUAUUUGGUACAGUACUUGUGUUAACAUGUGGAAUAGACCUUUUUUUAAUGAAUAGUAGACAUUGUGAUUUUUUUAAAACAGCAUUUUUCUAACAAGUCUGUCAAGAGUAUUUUUUGUUGCUUUUGACUUUAAACACUGCAUUUUUCAACUUUAAGCAUGCUGAUGAGGUGAUAUUUGACAGCAGAAGCCUGUCAGCAGUUCGUUUCAGAACCCAUCCUGUCCAGUCAACCAAAGUUUGUUUGAAUGCAGCCAAAUCACAUUAUAUAUUUGUUGAUGCUAAAGAUUUAUCAGGUAAAACAUGUUGUAAUCUUUUGUCUAGCUGCUCAUGACAUGUGGGUUUAAGUUACAGCUAAGGAAAAAUGGUGUAUUAACUGAAAUAUGUGUAAUGUGCUUGGAAAAUGAGGUUUUAAGAGCACAUAAUUUAUUGAUUGUAGGGAUGGAAGUAAGUAUAUAUAUGAAUUAUAACAUGGGUUGAUCUCUUCAAAGGGGAAUAAAAUGCACUACCAGUAGAGGGAACUGAACUUUGAAGUUAGUUUGGGAAUUCUCAGUUAAGAUCUGUAUGAUCUGCUCGUGGUGUGUAGAUGAAUCAGUCUGCUUAAGAGAUGGUGGCAUUUUCCUCUCAGCGCAGUGAAUAUUUGGAAAAAGUAGGCUUUUUUUUCCAAUUUUUUAACUUAGGUUACAAUUAAUUAUCAAAUCUGCACUAUUUUUACACUGCCAAUGAGAAGAAAGUCAAGGGUAUUGAAAAUGCUAAAAGAAUGGGAUGUAAACAGCUGUUCCAUUUUUGCCGUGUAAGUCCCCCGGUGAACUAGCUAAUUUUCUGUCUGUUCUGUGGAGUUUAAACUUAACUUUGUUCUGCCAAAUCUGACUGCCACAGUGAGUAAACUACUACUGGAUGUUGUGUAUUAGAAUAGUGGGCAAUGGACUGCUUUUGUAGAAUUGUGGUAAGAAUCUGGUGAGCCAAAUCCACAUGUUCAUUUGAUUAUUUUUUUUGUACAGCUGUUGCUGGAAGGUUUGUUCUAAGAGACUUGCUUCCUGUUCUGGGCUGGCUGCGGAGAUGAGGCUACUUAGGGAUGUAAACAUAAAGCCAAGAAACUUGCUUUGACAGCCAGGUUUGAAAUAGAUCAGACCCUUUUUUUCUUCAUUUCAAGGGACUAUUGCACUCAUGUAAAAUGGCUGGUACCUUUGCAUCUACAGUUGGGAUCCCUAAUUCACGGCUUUCAGGCAAUACUGUUACCAGAGAAGCUACCACUACAUCUGUCGAGGUUGCCUGGGAGAGCUAAGUAGGCUGUUGCCCAGUGUGUUUCUUACUCAGUUCUGCUGCCUGUGGUUGGGACCACUGCUUUAGACACUCCCAAAGACCUCUUCUCACCCCUGCGAGUUCUGAGGUAUGAUGUGAAUUACUAUUUACAGAGACUUUACAGAGACAGGUUCUUUCGACCGCUGUUCACAGGAUAGAUACUCCAGUGUUGUAUAAGUGAUUGA